AUGAAGAAGAUAUCUUCAACUUCAUCUUCAGGAGUGCAGCUACGAUCUAGAGCAACCCGAAUUGUACACAAGCUGCGAGAUCUACGAUCUUCACCCUUAGUUUACUGGGAGAGUUCAGCAGAGUCUUUUGCUCGGGUGGACGGAUUCGUGACCAGCUCUACCGACGACAACGACGAUUUCAUUUUGAAAUGCGCGUAUCAAAUGAAGAUUUUGUGUGAGUAG